GUUUAUUUUCUUUUGAAAAUCUGAUAUUAAAAUUCUCUCGAAAGUGUAAACUGGGAAAUUUAUUAACAGAAUUUUAACACAAAAUUAUUAAUGUUCCAUCCUUUAGACUACCUAUUUCAGAGUAAGGGUAUACUCAGAAGAAGGGCAAGUCCACAGGCUUUAAAACAAUAGGAUCUUAAAACAAUUGGAUGUCCUCUAAUUGUUCAGGCGUAUGAACAUCUCUCAUAGUCAAGUCGAAGUUGCAGCUCCCUUGAACGACAGAAGGCACUUGCUCCCUGAAUAGUGGAGGUUCUCUCAUACUAUCAAGUGGUGCUUUAGAUUUCUUUAUCUGCUUCUUCUGCUGAAUCAGCUUCUGUAACAGGCUACGAAUUUCUGAUUUCAAAGAGGUGGGGAACCUUUCAGAAGGUUCAUGAUCAGACUUAGAUUUUAUAAUGUUCUUUUCAAAAUUAGAAGAUUUUUCCAAGAUACAUUCAUCAGAUUCCCUUAAGUUAAAAGAGGUCUGUAGCAUGUUCUGUCAAAGCUUGGUGUGUUCCAUAGACUUGCUACUUCAUCACAAUUUUUCUUUUCUUUCAUUGAACUCUUUUAUGAUUAGUGAUCUUAGAAGAUGCCUCAGAUAUAACUUCAUCACUGAUAUCUCAAUCUUCAAAAUCUUCAUUAUCCUUGGUUACAGAGACAGGUAGGAAUACUUUUGGUUGGGUUUUAUAGGUGGCGUUCA